AAACAAUAGCGCUCUUGCGAUCGAAUCAGCCCAAGUAAUUAUUAGGACGCAGUCACAUUAAGAGGACUGUCUCCUCAAAGUAUUAUCGUGGCUAUAGCAUAGACAAAAUUGCGAAGAAGGAAAAAAGGAAGUCGAGUGGCUGGUCCGACUCCAACUGGGAAGAUUUUCAGGUCCGUAGUAUUGGCUGAAGGGCCGUGCAAACGGGGCUUGUAAAAGGAUCCCACCGUGGUUGGUCCUAGUGUGUGUGGAGAGGAGCCUACUGAGCUCUCCAGGCUCCUCAGCCAUGGGUGUGCUAGCCUACCUGAAGAGCCUGUUCAUCCUGCAGCUGCUUAUGGGCUUUGUGUUCGUGGUGAGCGGCCUCAUCAUCAACUUCAUCCAGCUCUGCACCUGCAUCCUCUGGCCCAUCAACAAGCAGCUCUAUCGCAGAAUCAACUGCCGGCUCUCCUACUCCCUAUGGAGCCAGCUGGUGAUGCUGCUGGAGUGGUGGUCAGGCACAGAAUGCACCCUCUACACGGACCAGGCCACGGUGGACAAAUUUGGCAAGGAGCAUGUCAUCAUCAUUCUCAACCAUAACUACGAGAUUGACUUCCUCUGCGGCUGGACCAUGUGUGAAAGAUUUGGCGUGCUUGGGAGUUCAAAGGUGUUGGCCAAACAUGAGUUGCUGAAGGUGCCUCUGAUUGGCUGGACCUGGUACUUCCUGGAAAUCGUCUUUUGCAAGAGGAAGUGGGAGGAGGACAGAGAGACUGUCUUCAGAGGCCUGGAUAGGCUUAAAGACUACCCUGAGUUUAUGUGGUUUCUGCUGUAUUGCGAAGGCACCCGCUUUACUGAGAAGAAGCACCAAAUCAGUAUGCAGGUGGCGGAGAGUAAAGGCCUGCCCAAACUCAAAUACCAUCUUCUACCCCGGACCAAGGGCUUCACCACUACCCUCAAAUGUCUCAAGGGCACAGUCACUGCAGUUUAUGAUGUGACACUCAACUUCAAAGACAAGCAAACUCCAACUCUGCUGGGCAUCGUCAAUGGCAAGAAAUACAAAGCAGACCUGAGUGUGAGGCGGUUCCCUGUGGAGGACAUCCCUGAUGAUGAACAGGAGUGUGCCAACUGGCUCCACAAGCUCUACCAGGAGAAGGAUGCCCUACAGGAGCACUAUCACAAGGAAGGCAGCUUCCCGGGCCCCACAAUCAUCCCACACCGCAGGCUGUGGACACUGCUGAACUUCCUGUUCUGGGCAACUCUGUUGCUCUCGCCCCUCAUCAACUUUGCCUGUGGGGUGGCCGUCAGUGGCUCCCCCCUCCUCAUUAUCGGCUUCAUCCUCUUCCUCAUUGUAGCAUCCGUAGCGAUUCGUCGCCUCAUAGGCGUCACUGAGGUGAAGAAAACGGGCUCCAGCUACGGCAACCAGGAGGCCAAGAAACAAAACUAGACCACCCUGUCCCGCCCUCAGCGUGCGGCCGUCUCUGUCCGGUGCCAGUGCGGCCGCCCCGUGGUUCCCCCUCCCUCUACUCCAAUCUCCCCCUGCUGGGACGUCUGUCCAGUAGGCUGGGGGAGGGGGCUCAAACCUAUUACACAUAGAGACCAGAGUUAGAGAUAUCAUUAAUGACAAUAGACAGAGAAAGAUGACGACGGGCAGAGAGAGGGAGCACAAGGGAACAAACGCCCGUGGUCAGUAGACGUAGACGGUCUGUGGACCUAGCUCUCUGGUGUAGGUGAGAAGACGAGGACUAAUUGGACAUUGAAGAUGGGGGAGGUGCAGUAUUCCUUCCCCAUGCUCCUCCCCCCCUCCCCUUUUGACCCCAACUACCCUGCCGUCCUCUCCGACUUCCUGUUUAAAAAAAAUAAAAAUAAUAAUGCCCCCGUUCAGCUUUCAAUCCUGAUCCCUUGGAGGUCACAUGGAGAGCAAAUUAGCCCAUAUCCCGCACUGCGCAGUCUGACCUCUGCUUCCCAUCACGUUUUCCACUCGCCAGCCAACCAGGAAAAGAGGCCAAAAGCACUCGUCUUCUUGCCCUUGGAACACAGGCUUGUCAGCAGCUUAUCCUUUUCACCUUUAUGUUCGUCUCGCGUGGGGGGAGGGGGGGGGUCAUGUGUGUUUCUACAGUUGUAAGUUAAUGUGGUUUACUUUAGCGGUGACCUCACUUAACAUACAGUAUGUCUCCCUUCCUUCCGCUUGUUAGCUGGGACUUGUAAUGGGAAUCAGUGCCUUGUGGCCCAGCCUGGUUCCCUGUUUUUGUUUUGUUUUGUUUUUUACCAUGUGGGUUUUUACUUUUAAACCUAUGUCCAUUUUCUGCUGUUUGGUAAUACUCCCGGAUACCUUUAACCAUUAGGCAGUAUUUGACCGAGCCAGAUGUCAGUGACGGUAUUGAUCGAGUUGCAUUUCCAGCGCUUUGCUGUGGGUGGCAGCAGAGACGGGAGCAUUACAGAGUUUUUAGACAAACUAAGUGAGAGGUUAGUGUCUGUGUGAACAAACUUAGUCAGAGCUUCGAAUCCUAUAAGUGGUCCUAAGAGGAUGCUCUCAGUCUGUUACAGGUUCUGUAUUGGCAGCCGUCGACAUGUCACAAGACCAUCGCCCUCAAAUUUCAUUUGUUUUUGGGGUGUUUUUUUUUUCUCUCCCCUCCAACUUUCAAACACUUGUACACAACUCGUCACUUGCACGUUUAUUGCCAGGGACUUUUAGGAUGACUCGCUGAUCAUUAGACAGUCUCAAAUCCCUCUGAUGUGAUCUUUCUAACCACCAUUGUCAGUCCAUACACUGGAAAUAUUCAGCAAAACCACCACCCCCGCCCCCCCAUCAAUGUUCUGGAGUCAAUGUAAAGUGCUGCUGCAGCCACUACAACGUGAGCCGUGUAGUGUUUUACAGUAACAAGCCACCUACUGUCCUGGCCUAGCCUGGCAGCUGUUGGCGUUGUGUGGUUUAGAUCAUACAGUUGUGACGUUCAAACCUUUGCCUUAAAUUCAAGCUUGCUCAGGCAAGGGAUUUCUCCUUUUUCCUUUUCCUACCUCCCCUUUUUAAGCCCGCUCACCCCUCUUUACCUCCCCGCACCCUUGUUUUUAACUUUGCUAUCACCUGUGAGGAUGUACACACUCUGGUCCCUGGUGCGACAGUUAGUGCACUGUUUGAGGCGAAAGAAAUGAGCGUAUUUAGCUGAUUUAAGAGCACCAAAGUUCGUUUUUUUUUUCAUAUAUAUAUAUAUAUAUAUGCGGCAUGGUGGCGCAGUGGUUAGCACAGUCGCCUCACAGCAAGAAGGUCCUGGGUUCGAGCCCUGGGGUAGUCCAACCUUGGUGGGUCAUCCCGGGCCGUCCUCUGUGUGGAGUUUGCAUGUUCUCCCCGUGUCUGCGUGGGUUUCCUCCGGGGGCUCCAGUUUCCUCCCACAGUCCAAAGACAUGUAAGUGAGGUGAAUUGGCCUUACUAAAUUGUCCCUAGGAAUGAAUGUGUGUGUGUGUGUGUGUGUGUGUGUGUGUGUGUGUGUGUGUGUGUGUGUGUGUGUGUGUGUGUGUGUGAGUGAGUGAGUGAGUGUGUGAGUGAUGGCCUGGUGGCCUGUCCAGAGUGUCUCCCUGACGCCCAAUGACUGCUGGGAUAGGCUCCAGCUUCCCCUCGACCCUGAGAGCAGGAUAAGUGGUUCAGAUAAUGGAUGGAUGGAUAUAUGUAUAUAUAAAUGGUCACCUAGGUGGCUGUUGCUUUGUAUUGGCCUCCCCUUGACGCUGACCACACACUCUUGCUCAAUGAUAUCGAAGCUGCUGACAGAACGUGUCCCAAGCAGCUUUUCCCUGUUCCAUUUCUGUCUCUUGCUACCAGGUCGACACAGUGACCCAUAGGCUCAGACACGGCUAAUGAAUCCAUAUUCCACUACAUUUCACCUUUUUUUUUUUUUUUAAUCCCAUUCAUAAGAGGUGUCCUCAUUUCUGCUGUGACUCCAAUUAAAACACUGGCUGCAGAGUGAGGGUUGGUCCCCUGGUCCUGAACGCAAACCGGUCGGAGGAUUUGGAGUGACUACUUGGUGUCCGGCGCUCUCCUUGCACCUCCCGCGCGGCAUGUAGUAUGAAUUAUUCUGAUUUUUUUUUUUGUAUGUUGUCAUGUCAUCACAAUCUCUACACCAUCAUUGUGUGCGUGUGUGUGUGUGUGUGUGUGUGUGUGUGUGUGUGUCUCCCCUAGAGUUUCCAGCCCCGCCGAAGCUCUUUCCACCGUUCAUAUUUAGUCGUUGGGAAUAAUUUAUUUUCUAGAGUUUAAUGAUUUUAACCAGGAGAGAUUUCAUGCAAGCCUUAAUAGACAGUGCUGCUUUACUCGUUCUUCGUGUGAUUAUGUAGACGCUCUCUGAGCUCGUGGCAGUAGCAAAGUGUUGAAGAGGAAAAAGAAGCAAUAAAAAAUUUUUAAAAAAACCUGACCCUCCCCCCCUUUCCAAAAUGAGCAAGCUGUCAAACCAUUUGCUCAUGUGAGCCGCCCCACGUCAGGAUUUAAGGCGUCAUUUAAAAAAAAAAAGAUAAAGAAAGAUAUCUGCUUUCGGCUCGCGGCCCAGAAGUUCCUGUUUUUAUUAAAAAGUCGUUAGCCCGAACCGCUAGUGCAAUCCCAACCCUCCUUUGGGGGUAGGAGAAGGGCUGGAACUGCACAACACAGUUUUGUUUCAGAGGAGGCUUUUCAGACUUUAUUUGGUGCGUUUCCGUAACGAGGAAUCGUAUUGUGACUAAUGAUCUAAUCAUUUGUGAUCGUAUUUCUUAAAUCUUAUUGAUACGGUUGAAAACAAUUGACACGGCAAUCAGACCUCUUUUCGGCUCAAAGUUAUUCACUUGACGGCACCUCUCAAGACAGCUUUUAUUUCUUUCUUUUUUUUCUAAGUCUUAUUUGUAUCUGUUUUCUUCAAUUAAACAAUUAAGAAUAUUAAAGAAUUCAACCAA